GAGGAAAAGAAGAAGGCGAGAUCCGCACAGACAGCGGCUGCGGCCACUGUCUCGCCGCCCGCCUGUGCGGGCGCCUUGCCGGGAGAGUGCGGCGUUUGGGGGGGGUGUCGGCCCCCGUGCCUCCCCCCUGGGGUCCCGCGGCCGCCGCGCGCCGGGGCUGUGGGGCUCAGGCGCUGGAGCAGGAUUCCCCGAGAAGGAGGAGGCGGGAGAGGAGGAGGAGGAGAAGGUGCCGGCGGCUGCGGGUCCGGGGGGAAGAUGCCGCUGGCGCAGCUGGCGGACCCGUGGCAGAAGAUGGCUGUGGAGAACGCGAGCGACAGCGCUGAAAAUGGGCAGCAAAUUAUGGAUGAGCCUAUGGGAGAAGAGGAAAUUAAUCCACAGACUGAAGAAGGCAGUAUCAAAGAAAUUGCAAUCACACAUCAUGUAAAGGAAGGACAUGAAAAAGCAGAUCCCUCCCAGUUUGAACUUCUAAAAGUACUAGGGCAAGGAUCAUUUGGAAAGGUAUUUCUAGUAAAAAAAAUCUCAGGAUCUGAUGCUAGACAGCUUUAUGCAAUGAAAGUAUUGAAAAAGGCCACACUGAAAGUUCGAGAUCGUGUUCGGACGAAAAUGGAACGUGAUAUUCUGGUAGAAGUUAACCAUCCAUUUAUUGUUAAGUUGCAUUAUGCUUUUCAAACUGAAGGGAAACUGUAUCUUAUUUUGGAUUUUCUCAGGGGAGGUGAUUUGUUUACACGCUUAUCCAAAGAAGUAAUGUUCACAGAAGAAGAUGUCAAAUUCUACUUGGCUGAACUUGCACUUGCUUUAGAUCAUUUACAUAGUCUUGGAAUAAUCUAUAGAGACCUAAAACCAGAAAAUAUACUACUUGAUGAAGAAGGCCACAUCAAGUUAACAGAUUUUGGCUUAAGUAAAGAAUCUAUUGAUCAUGAGAAGAAGGCAUAUUCUUUUUGUGGAACAGUAGAAUAUAUGGCUCCAGAAGUAGUUAAUCGACGAGGUCAUACACAGAGUGCAGAUUGGUGGUCUUUUGGUGUUUUGAUGUUUGAGAUGCUUACUGGUACUUUACCAUUUCAAGGGAAAGACCGAAAAGAAACUAUGACUAUGAUCCUCAAAGCCAAACUUGGAAUGCCACAGUUUUUAACCCCUGAAGCACAAAGUCUUUUACGUAUGCUUUUCAAACGAAAUCCUGCUAACAGAUUAGGAGCAGGGCCAGAUGGAGUUGAAGAAAUUAAAAGGCAUUCAUUUUUCUCCACAAUAGACUGGAAUAAAUUAUAUAGAAGAGAAAUUCUUCCACCCUUUAAGCCUGCAACUGGUAGACCUGAAGACACAUUUUAUUUUGAUCCUGAAUUUACUGCAAAAACUCCAAAAGAUUCACCUGGUAUUCCGCCUAGUGCUAAUGCACAUCAGCUUUUUCGAGGUUUCAGUUUUGUUGCUAUCACAUCAGAUGAUGAAAGCCAAGCAAUGCAGACUGUGGGGGUACAUUCAAUUGUCCAGCAGUUGCACAGGAACAGUAUUCAGUUUACUGAUGGAUAUGAAGUAAAAGAAGAUAUUGGAGUUGGCUCUUACUCUAUUUGCAAAAGAUGUAUAAAUAAAGUCACAAAUAUGGAAUAUGCAGUUAAGAUUAUUGAUAAAAGCAAAAGAGACCCAACAGAAGAAAUUGAAAUCCUCCUUCGUUAUGGACAGCAUCCAAAUAUUAUUACUCUAAAAGAUGUCUAUGAUGAUGGAAAAUAUGUUUAUGUAGUAACAGAACUUAUGAAAGGAGGUGAACUGCUGGAUAAAAUUCUUAGACAGAAAUUUUUCUCUGAACGAGAAGCCAGUGCCGUCCUAUUUACAAUAACCAAAACUGUAGAAUAUCUUCAUGCACAAGGAGUGGUUCACAGAGACCUGAAACCUAGCAACAUUCUUUAUGUAGAUGAAUCAGGUAACCCAGAAUCUAUUCGAAUUUGUGAUUUUGGCUUUGCGAAACAGCUAAGGGCAGAAAAUGGUCUUCUGAUGACUCCAUGUUAUACUGCAAAUUUUGUUGCUCCAGAGGUUUUAAAAAGACAGGGAUAUGAUGCUGCAUGUGAUAUAUGGAGUCUCGGUGUUCUGCUUUAUACAAUGCUUACUGGCUACACUCCAUUUGCAAAUGGUCCUGAUGAUACCCCAGAAGAGAUACUGGCACGAAUAGGCAGUGGAAAGUUCUCACUCAGUGGUGGUUACUGGAAUUCCGUUUCAGACACAGCAAAGGAUCUUGUUUCAAAGAUGCUUCAUGUAGAUCCACAUCAAAGAUUAACUGCUGCCCUUGUACUUAGACAUCCUUGGAUAGUUCACUGGGACCAGUUGCCCCAAUACCAACUAAACAGACAAGAUGCUCCACAUCUAGUAAAGGGUGCCAUGGCAGCUACAUAUUCUGCUUUAAAUCGCAACCAGUCACCAGUUUUGGAACCAGUAGGCCGUUCUACACUUGCUCAGCGGAGAGGUAUUAAAAAAAUUACCUCAACAGCCCUCUGAAGUGACCUCAACCAUUUAUUUGGUACCAUGGUAUAAGAUGAUAGCACAAAUCAUGGCAACAGGUAGCACAUACCUGAGAGAUACCUGCAAGCACACACUGUCCCAGCUGGUACCCAUAAUGCUGCUGCUCCUGCUGCUCCUGCUUUCAUCUGUUCUCGCUUUAAAUGAUUGUUGGCAAGUUAGACUUUCCUGGAGCUUCGGAUGGAAUGAAAAAUAAAAUAAUGAAGAUAUGUUCACUGAAUCAACCAGAAGAA